CCUGUUUCUCAGGUUUUCCUUACGAUCGUGCAAAUCAUGCAUCAUUCAUGUCCGACGAACUUACAGAAGAAGAAGAUCGAUAAUAUUCGUAUUCUAUCGCUUGUGCGAUAGACGACUGACUCAUCCUUUAGUUUCUUCGUUCCAAACACCGAAUGAAGAAGGUUUACAGCGACGAAGAAACCGCUWGUUACCAAUCAUAAAUUAUUUUGCAGUGCAAUUUUCUACAAUGCAGUCCUACUCCYUCGUCCUCGCUCUUGUUCUUGUCGCCGCUGUCCAGGGAUUCGCUCCUGCUUCCCAGGGACGUGCUGGAAGCCAGCUUGAGGCAUCCCUGUUCGACAACAUCGCGAACAUGGAUCUUUUCGCCCCUAAGGCUGACCAGAACACAUACGGAGCUCGCGCCAAGAAGAAUGUAAGCUAACCACYCUGUAAAUGUCUGAAGUGAAGAAUCCUCGAAUAUGCAUCGUCCUGACAUGUUAUGUUUUGUUUGCRCAUGUAGUUGAAACUCGGAGAGAUCAAGCAAGGAAAGUCCUACGUUCCCUCUGGAUUGACUGCCAAGCAAUACGACGAUAUCCGUAAGGGACAAGAGAAGAAGAAGGCCGAGAACUACGCUAGAAACGUAGCCAAGGCUGGAAUCUUCGAGGAUUACACCGAGUGGUACACUAAGCGUGGAACCGAUGUCAAGCAAAGCUGGGCCAAGGACGUCAACCUUGGACACAGAAUGGCCAAGACCAAGUACGACUGGUCUGGACAAAAGGAAACCGCAUUCGGCUCCACCACCGCAGCUGUCAAGAGCAAGGCCGGUGGCAAGAAGGCUGGUGCCAAGAAGACCGGUGCUAAGAAGGCCAAGUUCUCCUUCUCCUUCGGAAAGCUAUAGGUCUCUAUUUCUGAAGAACCUCUAAUUUCUACUAGCAAUUCUUAAUUUUUGAAAACCAUUGAAGCAAUAUCAAUGUUCUCGAUUCUAUACUCUACGAAGUGUUUAUAUUUUCAGCCCCUACAUGCCUUUAUUGUGGCUAUUCCAUAACAUCACACCGUCCAGAGUUUGGCAAACGUGAAAGAUUACCCCACAAAUUUUAAUAUCAAGAAAGACAUUUCACUUCC